UGAAGGGCAAGCAACCACUACACAGUCAUACAUUGACAUCGCGACAGAGCAGAGAGGGCCUUGAAGAGCAUCACUUCUGACUGUUCGACCUCUGUCUCCUCGCCGUCAUGUUGGCUUUUGCCAAUCAGGUCAGCUCAUUCGUGCAAGGUGUGCUCGAAUCGUCCUGGACUUUGGACAUCAAGCUGAAGGAUCAAGAGCAGAGAGAGUUUGUCAACGUGAACUAUGAGAACAACGAAUUAACCUGCCCUGUCAUGGGAGAGAGCGAGGAGGUUGCCGGCAAUCUCUUGAUUUCGGUAAAGGAAGGAAGGUACCUUGAUCACGAAGGGAUAUCUUUGGAGCUCAUCGGACGAUCAGAGAUUAUUGAAAACCCAGAGUUCGAUUACAUCGAGAAGGAUCAAUUCCUCUUCUUGUCCAGGGAUGUUGCCCCCCUCGGUCGCCUGGAGCCCGGGGAGCACAAGUUCGAUUUCAACUUCGGUGCCGUGCAGAAGCCCUACGACUCUUACUAUGGUCACUUCGGUUACAUCCGAUACUUCCUGCGGAUCGUGAUCAGACGUGGCUUCAGGGGCGAUAUCAUGCACGAGCAGGACUUCGCUGUGCAGCUCCUGAGCGACAAGAUACCCACCGAUGACAACAACCCUCCCAUCAAGAUGGACGUGGGGGUACAGGACUGCAUUCACAUCUCCUUCAUGUACGCGCACUCGCACUACGCGCUGGACUCCAUCUUGACAGGGUGCAUUCAGUUCCAGAUCGUGCGUCUCAACAUCAUCGCCAUGGAAACCAUCCUCAUCAAAGUCGAGACGGUUGAGCCGCGAGAUCGUUACAGUCCACGUCUGGUCUUUUCUGAGCCAGUGAGCAAGAUGGAGAUUAUGGACGGGACGCCAGGGAGAGGAGAAAGCGUGCCUGUCAGGUGGCCUCUGGCUGGGGUUGGGAUCGGGCCAACCCUGAAGCAUCCGAAGGUGAACGUCAAGUACCAGAUCAGACUAUCGCUGAUAGACGAGCGAGGACGACAAUUCUUCAAACAGUGCGAGAUUGUCUUUCAUCGGAAGAAGAUCACUGGCGAUAAUCCUCCAUGGAAUACAGAAGAAGGGGUUGAGAAGAACUGGGCUGAUUUUAACGCAAGGCAAGACAAGAAUGCCAAGAGUGGGAUUUGGUGAAACUGUGGAGAGAACUGUCCAAACGAGUGAAAGCGUGGUGUAGUUGUAUACGGAAGAGAAUGCCUCGUACAACCCUGAUAUUAUCGGUUUGAUUCGUUUCGUUCAGCUUUGAUUGAAUCUCGUAAUGAAAGCUGUUAACCCGGACCUCCCUUCUCACGCCUCCUCUGUGUCAUAAAAAAACUGAUAACAGAAGGCACAGAGUUUGACAGAAGAGUAGCGCGCCGAUGCCGAUCGAAGCCUUGCGUCUGUCGAUGGUAUACCAGCUCCCCAUUUCUUCCGCAAGUUUGCAAUCGCUUGAAACGAAACUAUUCCGGGAAGAUUGUGCUCUUCAAACUCCAGGCCGCACAACCCGCACUGUUUCACCCUGACGAGGCCUGUUGAUACAGGAUCAUUCAGCUUGUCCUUCGAGUCAUCUUCGCUUGACUUUCCUUUUCUUGGUGUCUUGGGGAUGCGAGGCAAGAAGUUGACCGACUCUUGUACGCCUUGUCGGCUCAUGAGCUUGUCCCGCGGUGCAAGGAGAUACUCUUGUUGCGAUCAAAUUGAUGUGGUUGAUACUCAAACU